AUUCACAUAGGGAAGAUAUAUUAAAUCACACCCUGAAAAGAGGAGAUUUAAGGAUAAAGUCGGCAUAAAUAUUUAUUAUCUCAGCUGCGAAACUGAAUCACCACUACUCUCGGGGUUCUUUCGUCAAAAUAUCAUCCAUGGCUUCUACUGUUGAGGAUAAAUUUGAGACUAGUCCUGCUUCUGCAAGAUUAAAACUGUACUCUUACUGGCGCAGUUCAUGUUCUUGGCGUGCCAGGAUUGCACUUAAUCUAAAAGGGUUACCAUAUGAGUAUAAUGCAGUGAAUCUUCUGAGAGGCGAGCAAUUUAGUGAAGAUUUUACAAAAUUGAAUCCUCUUCAGUUUGUUCCAACUUUGGUGGAUGGUAAUGUGAUUAUUUCAGAUUCACUUGCCAUACUACUGUACUUGGAGGACAAGUAUCCCGAGCAUCCGCUUCUCCCAAAAGAUCCACGCUUAAAAGCAAUCAGCUUGCAGGUGACUGCUAUUGUUGGGUCCAGCAUACAACCUCUCCAGAACUUGUUUGUAUUGAAACGGGUUGAGGAGAAACUCGGACCAGAGGAGAGGUUGGCAUGGCCUAAAUAUCACAUAGAGAAAGGUUUCAAUGCUCUGGAGAAAUUAUUGAAGAAUGUUUCUGGGAAGUAUUGCGUAGGAGAUGAAGUCACUCUGGCAGAUGUUUUUCUUGCUCCACAAAUUUUCAGUGCAGCGCGUUUCAAUGUUGACAUGUCUAAUUAUCCGACUCUGAUCAAUAUCAACAAAGCAUUAGCUGAACUGCAAGAAUUCCAAGCUGCGCUCCCAGAGAGGCAACCUGAUGCACAAGCAUGAGUAUACGUUUCAUAGCAAUCCAUAUAAUUUUCAUGCUACUUAAAGAACAUAAAAUAAUUUGAAAUUGGUUUGCAACUCAGCGUAUGUAAUUUACACUGAAAUCUACUAAACAAUAUCGUUUUAAAAUGAUACUUGAAAUAAAGAAAGAGAUUUCUUAGA